AUGGACACAUGUCAGCAGCUUGUAAGGGACUGGACAGGAGGACAACAUCCCGGAGAUGUGGCCAACGUUUUUGAAAUUCCCUUAAAAAUUUUAAAAGUUAUAUCAAGUGAUGAUAGCAGUAGCCUUGAAGUACAGGAGAAAGCCAUGCGGGACGGGCUUGGGGACAGAAUGUCCGCCAAGAGGACCAAGUUAGUGCUACCGGACAAAAUUUCGUCCGAAGAGGAGGGAACCACGGGCCCUACAACGAUUGUGGAGGGGAACUCGAACCUCUUCAUGCGAAUUGCGGAGCUGGAGCACGAAAAGGCCGACAUGGCCCAGCAGUUGGAGUGCCAGUUGGCGUUCAUCAAGGAGCUGCAGCAGCAGAUGGCUGAGAUGGAAGCAGCCAACAUGGCCGCGAAGCAGCCGGUCCAUCAUCAGCAGGAGCAACAGCAGCAGCUAAUCAUACAGCAGCGGCAACAACAGCAGGAGCAGAGGAAGCAGCGGCGACAACAGCAGCAACGACAACAGCAGAGCGAAGAUGAUGGCAUGUGCCCAGAAGUCAUCAUCGAGGAGGAGGAAGGAUACCCCUUCAACUUUGUAGUGCGGAAGAAGAAGGCAGCCAAUAGGAAUAAGGUUAGUGCUAUCACUGUUUAA